CUCUGAUCUAAAGAUGCGGAGCCCUCGACAGAAUGUCCGACGCCAAGGGCUCAGGGAGAGCAGGAACGAGCGCUGAGGACAGAAUGGCCAUCAUCCUCCAGUGCAAGAACUCUCUGCCGCCCUUUCUCCUCUACGCCUUACUCAUCCUCCAUGCUGCCCAUGCUGCCGCGUCAGCGCGCUCUGUGGCCGUCCGAGCAGUGCACGCUCAUCAGCAUCCACACGCCAACUUCACCCUGCUGACCAGCGUCGAGGCCCUCCCAGCCGGCCCUUCAUUCGACAGCAAAAAGGCUCAGGACAUUGCCGAAGCGGAGGCGGCGAGGACAGAGCAGCUCUUCCACGGCCUUCUCGGCGAGCGUGAGGUGGCCAUCGAGGGCUCUGUGCUGCAGCCGGCAGCCAAGUCGGCACCGCAGCGUGUGGCGGCGGCUGACAAGGCGACCCGUGAGGCGGCCACACUCGCCCAGGCAGAGGCUGCAGAGGCUCAGCAGGCGGCCAGAGAGUUCGAUGAGUCGCUGCGGCAGGACCGAUUGGCCCGACAAUGGGGAGGCGGCGGUGGCCGGGGGCGGUGGAGGGACCGUGAGAUUCAGGUGCUGUCUGCCGGCACGACCAGGGACGUCUUCAACCCCGCUCUCGUCUCCCUCAGUGACCUGUCGGCGGCUGACGUGCAGUCGCUUGUGGGUGCCGCAGGGGGGGCGGGAGCGGCGUCGGACGGCAAAAAGGCAGCGUAUGUGGUGGCGCUGCGGUCGCAGCUUUUUAACCGGAAUGUCUGGUGUGACUCUCAUGUCGUUGUCGGCUUCCUCGAUGAGUCCUCCGACAGAUCGGUGACCUUCAGGUGAGAAGAAGAAAUGAUGUGCAUGAUCGACUGACAUGGUGCCUGCCUGCCUUUUGUUUGUGUCUGCAGGUGCUGUCUGAUGACGAUUUCUGGGGCCCUGAUUUGCCCUACGACUGCGCCGAGACCAAGCGGAUCACGAUGACAGGCCCUGACGACCCUCGCCUCAUUCUGCUCUCCAAGCGCCUCACAGCAAGGAAUAACACAGAGGAGGGGAAGGAUUUGUGGCUGCUGUUUUUCGGCCGCGAGCACCACCGCACCCCCAAUGUGCCGUGUGGCGAGCAUGGCCAGCAGCCGUACCUGGUGAGGCUCUUGGUGGAGGCCUCGGCUGUGCCUCAGUGGCCUGCAAGGAUAGCGGUGGACAGCAAGAGCAUGAUGGCACUCAAAUACGACAAAGCCACGCCGGUAGCCGCAAAGAAAAUGGCAGGGGACAGGGGGGAAUAUCUUGCCUUCUUGUCUAUUGUGUGCAGGUUGAGAAGAAUUGGAGCCCCUUCGAAUAUCCUCCGCCCCUCCCGGCCCACAGCCUCCCACCCAUCUCUCUCUCUGCGUCGGCGUCCCGGCUGCUGACAGUCUACAGCAUCGAGCCCCACAUCGUCUUGCAGAUCGACCCACACACAGGCACCACCACCGCAUUCGCCAACUCGUCCCAUCCCUUUCUCCACCAGUGGGCCAACGCCGCGAGAAAGUACCAGGACGUCAGCUCCUUCGUGGUCCACGGCGGUGCCGGGGUGGCCUUUGUCGCACCAUCCGCAGCCGACGACCCCUAUUUCCUCAGUGUGUUCCACGUGCUGACGAGCGGGGCCAACCCACUGGAGGGCGGCGCCAUGGAGACCAUCUAUCAGUCGUUCUUAUACAAGUUCCGCGCCACGCCUCCUUUCGACAUCCUUGCCAUCAGCCAGGAGCUGCCGCUCCACCGAUCUCAGUGCGGGUGGGGCGCAUGGGAGGCCUUUCCCGUGUCGAUCAGUGUGCGGCGUGGCGACAAAGGCGACAAAGGGGACAAAGGGGACAAAGGGGAAGGUCCUCGUGUGUGGAUAUCGUAUGGGAGCGGCGACAAGCAGAACAGGGUGUUUGAUGUGGGACUGGAGGAGUUGGAGUCGCACUUCUUCCAGGAGCCGGUCGACAUCGGCGGACCGCCACAGCUCGUCGGCACCGCCAUGGGAAGUAAGCACACCGAAAUGUGUCCUGAAAAAUGCCGCUAUCUAUGUUGCGUCUCUUCUCUGCUGCACAUACAAAAAGGCGAGUGGCGCUUCCCAGCCCCCGCAGUGCCACCACCGAGAUCAGCACAGCAGCCGCAGCCACCGUCGCAGCCCCACACAACGAGACACAGGCGGCCACAGCCACCGUCGAUGCGCUCGACAGCAUCUACAGCGACACCCACACCAUCUACAUGGGGGUCCCCAAUUACCAGCCCGGCCAGAAGAGCAUCAGCAAGAGCCUCAAACUGCUGCAGAGAAAGAGACAGAGACAGAGACAGAGGGGUGGGGGUGGGGGUGGGGAGAAGGUGACGGUUGUGAUGAUGGCCCAUUUGCGUGCGAGGCUGCCCGUGGUGCUGGACGUGCUCGACCGGUACAGACAAAUGCCGCACCUCUUUGGAGAGAUCCUACUCGGUGAGAUAAAGAGGGGGGGAGGGAGUUGCGAGCAUCGAGGCAGCAACCCCCCCCCCCUCUUCACUUUUGUGUGUCCGUGUGUGUGUCAGUAUGGAACAACCAGACGGACCGGCCUCUGAGUGACACCCAGGACCCGUUUGGGCGGCACUUUGGCGAUAUUCAAAGGACGGAGGGCUCCGUGCCUAUCAGACUGAUCAACGCAGAGAAGAACUCCAUGAACGUGGGCAGGCAGCCAGCCCGGCAGACCCACAGCCACUACACCCACACACUAAGGUGUCUCUUCUCUUUUCUGGCAGAACCGAUUUGCCGUGUGGCCGCUAAUCAAGACACCAGGCGUCCUCAUACAGGCUAGAUGGAUGGAUGGAUGGAUGGAUGGAGGACGAAGGCCAUGUCGUGGUCUGAGAAUGUGAGCAUGUUUGCCCUUGUUUGGCAGGACGAUGACAUGUGGCUGGAGGAGGCCGACCUGCGCUGCCUGGUGGACGCCUGGUGGGUGAAGAUGAAGAUGCAUGGCUCUCGACGCUGGCUGCUCUGUGAAUCCGAUGCUUGUCAGGCGGGCACACCCUGACCAGCUGAUUGGGGCCUUCAUCGAACGUCUCGACAUCAACAAAGGUGGCUUACUUGAUGAGAGAGGAGACACCUCUCUCUGUGCCUCUCUGUGUGGUGAGUGCGUGCAGACAUGGACGAGAUGGCACUGCAUUGGGACGAGUGUGCGGCGGAGGAGAGGCCCGUGUGCCUCAUGGGCAGGAGCUACUCGAUGCUCCUGCCGCACCCUUGGCUCAUCAAGACACAAUACCUCCACGAAUAUACCAACCACCCGUAA